AUGGCACCGCUGUCUAGAAAGACUGCUUAUGACAACCAACGUAACCUCCACCUCCGCCUCUACAAGCCCCGCUCCACCCCACCGCCGCCCUCCCCGUUCUCUACUUCUUCCAUGGGGGUCAUGGUGGUGGAGCCUGACUACCGGCUAGCGCCGGAGCACAGGCUCCCCGCCGCCGUAGAGGAUGUGCUCAGCUCUCUUAAGUGGCUGCAGCAGCAGGCUCUGCUGGCUGACGGCGGCGGUGAUGAGUGGCUGCGGGAGGGAAUUGAUUUCGGGAGAGUGUUCGUGGUGGGUGAUUCCUCCAGCGGGAACCUGGCCCACCAUCUGGCGGUGGAGCUCCGUCGUGGAUCGCUGGAGUUGGCCCCGAUUAGGGUGUGGGGCUAG